UGUGCGAAAUAUAUGCUAUACAGACAGCUGUUUAUUUUUUUUCAACAAGUGAUCGUUUGCGUCAUAUUGAUCAUUCGCACUUAUGCUCUCUACAAUUGUAGUAAACGCCUGCUUAUUUGGAUUACAUUGAUUUUCAUUGGUCUUGUGGGAGGUUCAGCUGCGGGAACCUUUGGACAGUAUGCAGGGAGUUUGACGACCGGAGUUGGCUGCUUCGAAACAUAUACAGCGGAGGAAUCCGCAGGUUGUGGAAUAGCAUGGCUAGCCAUACUUGCCUUCGAAUUACUCAUCUUUGUCCUCACAGUUCAUAGGACUUAUAAAAGUAGAGGUUUGCUGCAGUUGCGUCUGGUCAGCAGGAGAAAUCUUCUUGAUGUCAUGUUUCAUGAUGGUGCGAUGUAUUUUGGUGCCAUGACACUCUGUAAUGUACCGAACAUUGUGAUGUACUAUUUUGGAUCAGGGGCCGUCCGAGGCAGUCUGGGGCUGGCUACAUUCACUAGCUGCAUAUCCGUUACUCUCAUUUCUCGGCUGAUGCUUAACCUGCACAAAUCUAUCGACUCUGGCAUUUUCUCUGUCCCUGUCCAGGACUACGAACACUGCCUCUCGGUCCUAACCACCGAGAUCGACGUACAGUCUACGAUUGCCUAAAUCUUGCCAUUGCUAGGUUGAUAUUAGGUUCCGUUUCUGUAUACCGAAAUGCAGAUAUUCCUGUUAUGUAGACAACAAGUACAUUACACCAAUUACCAGUUAAUAUGCAUUUGUUAGACGAGACAGACCCGCAGCCAGGAGAGCAG